UGAAAGGAGAUUAAAUCAAUCUGCUUAACUAUUCACAAGGUCUGCAAACAAGCUGUGUUAGCAAGCCCAAGGAACACUCGGUAGAAUAUGAGGUGCUAUGCUUUAUUUAUCGAGUAUCAACCUACAGUGCAAGUGUUCUUCUGAGGUUUGUUGGCCGGAGUCAGCCCCUGCGGGGGUCAACAGCAGCAGCCAUGGGGGCAGGACGACAGGUCAGACUCCUGCUGUGGAAGAACUGGACGGUUCGCAGGAGGCAGAGGGUUCGUUUCUUCAUGGAAAUCAUGUGGCCUGUUAUUCUGUUCAUGGGGCUGGUGUGGCUAAGAAGAGUGAAUCCGCUCUACCGUCAGCAUGAAUGUCACUUCCCUAACAAGGCCAUGCCCUCAGCUGGUGUCCUGCCAUGGAUCCAGGGAAUCUUUUGUAAUGCCAACAACCCUUGUUUUCAAUACCCCACCCGUGGUGAAUCUCCUGGUCUGGUGUCCAACUACAACAACUCCAUAUUGGCUCAGGUCUAUUCGGACGCACAGGAGCUUCUUUUAGGUGACCCGGAGUUUCUCCAGCUUGGUCGCUUCUGGAGAGAAGUGACUGCUAUGAGUAACUUCAUGGACACUCUGCGCAAUCAUCCUGAACAGGUCUCAGGCCGAGGAGUAAAGGUGGAGACAAUCUUAAAGGACGAUGAAACUCUGACGUCAUUCCUGUUGAGAGACAUUCCUCUGACAGAGUCUGUGGUGUAUCAUCUAGUUAAUGCCCAAAUCAGGCCUGAACAGUUUGCGUUUGGGGUCCCAGACUUGCAUUUAAAAGACAUUGCCUGCAGCUUGAACCUGCUGGAGCGAUUCCUCAUUUUCCCCAGCCGUCGAGGACUCUACGCUGUUCGCAACGCCAUGUGCAUCCUCACUCCACAACGGCUGCAAGUCAUCGAGGACAAAUUCUACGCCAAUGUCAACUUUUUCAGACUCUUCCGCCUGCUUCCUCUUGUUCUGGACAAUCACUCUGAAGGCAUUGACAUUCACUUCUGGGUACGUGUUGUCUCCGCUGCGUCGGACAAACUCCAAGAGUUUUUACAGAGGAGAAGCUCCAGGGAGUUGAUCCAGGUCAUCACUCCGCUCUUCCAGAACAAUCUGUCCUUCAGGCAGGUGAUGGCUGCUGCUUCCAGCCUGACUUGUGGAUACACUGAGGGGGCUUUCUCCAGAGUCACCUCCUUCAACUGGUAUGAGGACAACAACUACAAAGCCUUCCUGGGUAUCAGCAGUGGCUGGGCACAGAGCCACUACACAUAUGACAACAGCACCACUCCUUUCUGCAAUGAUCUGAUGAAAGAACUGGAGUCCAACCCUGUCACCAGGAUCGUCUGGAACUCCGUCAAACCCAUGUUAAUGGGACGGAUUCUCUACGCUCCUGACUCUCCAGCAGUCAGAAAGAUCAUUCGAAAUGCUAACACUACAUUCGAGGAGCUGGAGAGGCUGAGAGUGAUGGGGAAGGCCUGGGAAGAGGUGGCUCCUCAGAUCUGGGCUUUUUUCCAAGAUGGAGUCCAAGUCAAGAUGAUCCGGGACACCAUCUGCAAUCCAUCUGUGAUGGACUUCAUUGACAGGAGUCUCGAGAAGGCGCCGUUCUCCUCCAAACACAUCCUCAACUUCCUUUACAAUGGCCCGCCAGAGGACCGUCCAGAUGACGUGCCUGACUUCGACUGGCGAGACAUCUUCAACCUCACUGACCGGGUCAUUCGGAUGCUCAACCAGUAUGGGGAUUGUGUGAUCUUGGAUAAAUUUGUGCCUCUGCCUGAUGAGGAUGCUGUUACUUAUCGGGCCUUGGACUUGUUGGAGGACAGCAAGUUCUGGGCAGGCCUCGUCUUUGUGAACAUGCACUCUUGGACUACCAAUGUCCCACCUCAUGUUCAGUUCAAGAUCCGCAUGGAUAUUGAUGUAGUGGAACGCACCAACAAGGUCAAAGACAGGUAUUGGGACCCAGGCCCCAGAGCUGAUCCUAUGGAAGACCUCCGCUAUAUUUGGGGUGGCUUUGCUUACCUUCAAGAUAUAAUUGAGCAUGGAAUCAUCAAGACUCAGACAGGAAAGGAGUGGCCACUGGGUGUUUACCUACAGCAGAUCCCCUACCCUUGUUUUGUGGACGAUCUGUUCAUGCUAACAUUGAACCGCUGUUUCCCCAUCUUCAUGGUCCUGGCCUGGGUCUACUCUGUGUCCAUGAUAGUAAAGAGUAUCGUUCUGGAGAAGGAACUCCGCCUCAAGGAGACCCUGAAGGCCAUGGGGGUCACCAACAGUGUCAUUUGGUCCACUUGGUUCAUUGACAGCUUCAUCAUAAUGGGCACAAGCACAGCUCUCCUUACCAGCAUCAUCAUGGGAGGGAGAGUAUUGAACUACAGCAACCCCAUCAUCCUCUUCCUCUUUCUGCUCACCUUCACCACGGCUACCAUCAUGCAAUGCUUCCUCCUCAGCGUCUUCUUCAACCAGGCAAACCUGGCAGCAGCCUGCUGUGGUAUCAUUUACUUCACCCUUUACCUUCCUCACAUCUUCUGCUUCGCCUGGCAAGACCGCAUCACCAAAGACAUGAAGCUCCUGGUGAGUCUGUUGUCCCAAGUGGCAUUUGGCUUUGGAACAGAGUACCUGUCCCGGUACGAGGAGCAGGGUCUUGGACUGCAGUGGAACAACAUCCAGACCAGCCCUCUGGAGGGGGACGAGUUCUCCUUCCUCACCUCCAUCUGCAUGAUGGGCCUGGACACUGUGCUCUACGGGGUUCUGGCCUGGUACCUGGACAAUGUCUUCCCUGGACAGUAUGGAAUCGGCCGUCCAUUUUACUUCCCCUUUCUGCCAUGCUAUUGGCUCAACAGUGUGGCUCCAGUUUCAGGCAAAACAGAGUUGGAUAACAAAGGCUUUGAUAACCUGGCAAACAAGGAGCAAGGAGAGCUGCAGAAAAAAGAGGAGGAGGAAAACAACGGUCAGGACAAACCCCAGACUGUGGAGAACAACCCGUCAUGUGAACACCAUGAUGAGCGUGAGAGGCUGGGGAAGCCGGACGAGGCCGAGAAGAACCAGGAGAAAGACGAGCAGCCGUUCUUCGAGGCCGAGCCAGCUGAUCUGAUGAAGGGUGUUUGCAUCCAGGACCUGGUCAAAGUGUUCGGCAGCUGCAUCAAACCGGCUGUAGACGGCCUCAGCAUUAACUUCUACGAGAGCCAGAUUACUGCCUUUCUGGGCCAAAAUGGAGCUGGGAAGACCACCACCAUGUCUAUUUUGACUGGUAUGUUCCCUCCCACCUCGGGGACAGCUACCAUUUAUGGCCAAGACAUCCGCACAGACAUGGACACCAUCCGUCAGUCUCUGGGAAUGUGCCCUCAGCACAACAUCCUUUUCCAGUAUAUGACCGUAGCAGAGCAUAUCCUCUUCUACUCGCUGCUGAAAGGCCGUCCCAUCGCAGAGGCUGAGGAAGAGGUGGAGAACAUGCUACAGGACCUGGGUCUUCCUCACAAGAGAGCUGAACUCACCCAGAACCUCUCAGGGGGCAUGCAGAGGAAGCUGUCCGUCGCUCUGGCUUUUGUUGGUGGAGCCAAAGUAGUGAUUCUGGAUGAGCCCACUUCAGGAGUGGACCCCUACUCCAGACGCUCUAUCUGGGACCUGCUGCUCAAAUAUCGUGCAGGGCGUACAGUGAUCAUGUCCACUCACCACAUGGACGAGGCCGACCUGCUGAGUGACCGGGUGGCCAUCAUCUCUCAGGGUCGCCUCCACUGCUGUGGUUCCCCCAUCUUCCUCAAGAACUGUUUCGGCGCUGGCUUCUACCUCACUCUCGUACGCCGAAUGAAACAUGACGCUUUGAAGACCAGCUGUGACUGCACAGAGGACUGUUCCUGCACAUGCUCGAAGUGUUCAAAGUUUAAGGCGGAACAGGAAGAGAGCCAGGCGCCAGACAGACAGAUGGACGGGAACAUGGACCGGAUCACAGCCUUGAUCCAUCACCAUGUGCCACAAGCUCGUCUGAUCGAGGCCGUCGGUCAGGAGCUCACCUAUCUGCUGCCCAAUCGUAACUUCCAGCCCCGGGCCUACGCUAGUCUCUUCAGGGAGCUGGAGGAGACCCUCGCGGACAUCGGCCUCAGCAGCUUUGGUGUGUCUGACACAUCCCUGGAGGAGAUCUUUUUAAAGGUCACUGCAGAUGAGAAUGCAACCAACAGGAAAUGUGCUCAAGAGUCCAAUGGCCAGAAUUCAUGUCAGGAGUCAGACGGCAACACAGGAAGAGGGUCCUACCAGGUCAAAGGCGUCUGUCUGGUGAUCAAACAGUUCUUUGCUCUGCUGAUCAAGAGGCUACAUCACGCCACACGCUCCUACAAAGACUUCAUUGCCCAGAUUGUGCUGCCUGCCAGUUUUGUUUUCCUCGCUCUGACAUUCACUCUCAUCGUUCCACCUUUUGGAGAGUAUCCUAGUCUGACCCUCUCCCCCUGGAUGUAUGGCAGACAGUACACCUUCUUCAGUAAUGAACGUCCUAUGGAUGCUCAGUUGAGAUACUUUGCUGAAGUUCUGCUGGACAAGCCUGGCUUUGGGACUCGCUGCAUGGCAGAUGAACCACUGGAAGAUUUCCCAUGUAACAACAUCACCACAGAGUGGGAGAUGCCCUUGGUUAACCCUGCCCUGAUAGACAUGCUGGAUGAUCCAGAGUGGAAUUCCCUUCGACCGUCUCCAGAAUGUCAGUGCAGCACACCCAAGAAACUCACCAUGCUGCCUGUGUGUCCUGCAGGAGCUGGAGGCCUGCCACCUCCACAGAGGAUCCAAUCAACAGGAGAUGUUCUUAUGGACCUAACAGGCAGGAACAUCUCUGACUACCUGGUGAAGACCUACCCCAGCCUCAUCAGAACCAGCUUGAAAAGCAAGUACUGGGUGAAUGAACAAAGGUAUGGAGGCAUAUCAGUGGGAGGACAGCUGCCUGUUUUAGAUCUGGAGCCAAAGACUGUCCAGGAUGUUGCAGCUCAGCUGGGACGAAUGUUCAACGUUACUGGGGGCAAAUACUCCAAACAAGCUCUGAAGGACAUUGGGAUGUUCCUCAGGUACAUGGAGACUGAAAACAAUGUCAAGGUGUGGUAUAACAAUAAGGGCUGGCAUGCCAUGGUAUCUUUUAUGAAUGUGGCCAACAACGCCAUCCUCCGUGCAAACCUGCCCAGAGGAGCAAACCUGGACGAAUAUGGAAUCACUGCCAUCAACCAUCCUCUCAACCUCACCAAAGAACAGCUCUCUGAGAUCAGUGUUCUGACCACAUCAGUGGAUGCAGUGGUGGCCAUCUGUGUCAUCUUUGCCAUGUCCUUCAUCCCAGCCAGCUUUGUCCUCUAUCUCAUCCAGGAGAGGGUCACUCAGGCCAAACACCUGCAGUUUGUCAGUGGGGUCAGUCCUGUGGUGUACUGGAUGGCCAACUUCCUGUGGGACAUGGUUAAUUACUCCAUCAGUGCAGCGAUGGUGGUAGAAAUUUUCAUCUUUUUUGAUAAGAAGUGCUAUACCUCCCCGACCAACCUCCAACCGCUUAUUGCCCUUCUUAUGCUUUAUGGGUGGUCUGUGACCCCCAUGAUGUACCCUAUGUCCUACAUAUUCAGCGUCCCCAGCACCGCCUACGUCUCUCUGUCAUGUAUCAAUCUCUUCAUUGGCAUCAACAGCAGCGCCAUCACCUUCAUCCUGGACCUUUUUGAGGGCACCACGGCUCUGUACAGGUUCAACCAAGCGUUAAAGACAAUGCUGCUCAUCUUCCCCCAUUACUGCCUGGGUCGAGGUCUCAUAGACAUGGCCAUGAACCAGGCUAUGACUGAUAUUUAUGCUCGCUUUGGUGAGGAUUACAGUCCAGACCCCUAUAACUGGGACUUUAUUGGGAAGUACCUGCUGUCCAUGGCUGUGGAGGGAUUUGCCUAUUCCAUCCUUAACAUUCUCUUCCAGUAUCGCUUCUUCCUGAAUAACUGGAUACCAGAUUGUCCAAAGCCUCAUAUUGUGGAUGAAGAUUUAGAUGUGACCGAUGAAAGAGAGCGAAUUUACCAGAGUGAAAAAACAAAUGACAUCCUACGCAUAAGAGACCUGUCCAAGACAUACACAGGAACCAUCAUCCCUGCAGUGGACCGAAUCUGUGUCGGAGUAUCACCUGGAGAGUGCUUUGGUCUCCUGGGGGUAAACGGAGCAGGGAAGACCACAACGUUUAAGAUGUUGACAGGAGACAUAGAUGUCACUUCAGGACAGGCCUCAGUCGCUGGCCACAGUGUUUUGACAGAUAUCCUGGAUGUCCACCAGAACAUGGGUUACUGCCCACAGUUCGAUGCCAUAGAUGAGCUGCUGACAGGCAGAGAACAUCUGCAUCUCUACGCCCGCCUCCGAGGAGUCCCAGAGUGUGAGAUCAGCAGGGUUGCAGAGUGGGCCAUCCAGAAGCUGGGCCUCUCAGAGUACGCAGGUCGGAGUGCUGGGACCUACAGUGGAGGAAACAGGAGGAAACUCUCCACGGCCAUCGCCAUGAUAGGCUGUCCUGCCCUGGUGGGCUGCGGUGAGGCCAACCACUGA